AUGGCGGACGUUGAGAGACUUGAGUUGGAAAAGCGGUUAGCGAGCCAUUCCGCUUAUUUCAAUUCCCUGAUCGAGUUGAUACCAGUGAAAUAUUACCUACCUAUUGAUGAAGAAGAGAAAGCAAACAAGUUUUAUAAAAAUCGUUCGAGGAAAGCACCUAAACAGACUAUUAAAGAGGCAUCAAGGAAAGCCAAACGUGCAAGACUCGAUCCGAACCAGCAUAAAACAAUUCAAGAAAUACAAAAAGAGGCAGAGGGAAAUGCUUCCACCGGAAAUAAAAUUGAUCUAAACGAUGAAGAAAAAAUAGAGAGUCCUAACUUUAGUGUCGAAAGGGUGGAAAGCAAAAGUCUGGAGGACCUAAGAUCUCGCCUGCAUGCGAGAAUAGAAGGCUUGCAAAGAAAACGUAACGCAGGAAGUGGGAGGCCAGAUGGCUUACAACAACCACGUGCGAAGAAAUCGAAGAAAGAAGUAAAAGACAAAAAUAAGCAGAAAUUGGCUGCUUCCUUUAAGGAAUCGAAAGGAAGUAGACAAAACGAUUCUUUACCAAGCCAGAAAAUAUUGAACGAAAGUGGAGAUGUUGUUUUUAGUAAAUUUGAUUUCUUGGAAGCUAAGAAAGAACCAAGACCUGGGAUGAAAAAGAAAAAUUACGAAAAACUGCUCGCUAAAGCUGAAGCUCGAAAGAAAAAGCUGGAAUCAUUGAGAAAAGAGGAUUUGUCGAAAGCUAAAGAAUUAAUGGAUAAACUUUCUUGGAGUCAGGCGAUUGAAAAAGCUGAGGGUAUAAAACAACACGAUGACCCUAAACUUUUAAAGAAGGCGAUGAAAAAAAGAGAGAAGGCGAAAACAAAAAGUAAAAAGCAGUGGGAAGAACGGAUUGGUUAUCAAAAGAAAAUGGCAGAGGAAAAACAAAAACAAAGACGAAAAAACAUUAAAGAAAGGAUUGAAGCCAAGAAAGGAAAAAAAUCUGGCAAAGGAAAGAAAAAGCACAGACCAGGAUUCUAGUGGUUAUGAUGAAAUAUUUUUGAGACCAACACAGCAAUAACAAGCAAUUUAAAGAAUAGUAGAUAAGUGAACUUGACCCUUCAAGGCAUAACAUUUGAAAUUUUCACGACUAUGAUUCAGUACCAAAGGGUGUACAUGAGAACAAGGACGAGCUCAGGGCAAGUCUAACCUGAGGGUCUCCUCAAAGGAUGAUAAACAAGGAAAGCCAUUGUCCUUUGUACUAAGACUUGUGGUUCAUUCUCUGGAUUAGAGCUGUCUACUUGAAGAAGUAUUACAUGUCCAAGAAACUUAUCUUCACUUAUAAAACUAAGAACCAAAUUUGUGCAGUGCUCGCAAGGUCUUCCUUCAAAGUAAGAAAAAGGAAAGGAGAAAAAUGUGAUGCAGUGACAAGUAUCCUUACAUCCAUAAUGAGCCAUUAACAUUCAAAAGGUCUUUACCUUUUUCAGUUCUGUUAAAUUAUGACUUAUAAAGAAAGAAAGUUCAGAUUUUUCAUAAGGUGUAAGGAAUCUAGGCUUGAGCUGGCUCUCUUCCCUCUUUCUUUUUUUGAGUCUAAAUUACAAAUUUAACAACAAAUAAAAUAUAGUUUCU